GGGUCGGACACAUAUAGUAACUCAGCACACCAUGUCGCCGAAUCGCAUACAUGAACGCAUAGAGAACGCUUGUGCCUAGGACGCCGAGGGGGGUGGGCUAGGCAAUCUUCCGGUCUAUCACGUUGCGAUUUCGACCGUAAGCUCGUGGGUUGCGACGGUUCCGUUCAGCUGUUCUUGCAGUUCACAGCGUUGCCAGAUUUGGCUGGACGCCCUGGAGGCUCGCGCGCACUAACCUAUCACUCUAUUGUUGUCUUUUGUUUGGGUGAAUGUCGGUGAAAAUUCGAAACGUCACCUCAUUCUCUGCGCCAGCGGUGAGCGAUCUUGUGUCUAUUGGUCAAGAAAGCGGUCCAUCACAGCCAAACGGCCGCCGAGCGCGAAUCUGGCAACGCUGUGAACUGCAAGAACAGCUGAACGAGAACCGUCGCAACGUCGCUGCCGCAAUUCCUCCCCGCAUGCAUACCCGGAGUCGGUUCGGUGACGGUUGUCCGGUUGUCCCAAUCUCUACCAACAAGGUCUACCAAAUUGGACAUUAUAGCGGUUGCUUGAAGAUUUUGCAAUGGCUGCUGAUCAAGCUGCAUUUUCAGUGCAGUCUCCAUGGAGCCCAGGGUCCUUGCCCAACUCCAUGUCCAGCUCUGUACCUAGCUCCCCUUUUUGUAUGUCUAGCCCAUUGCGAGGCCCAGGGCCCUUGACCAUCCCUAGCACUCCUCCCGCUCCUCCCUCUCCAAGCUCUAGCCUCUUGAGUAGAAUGAACUUUAGCUUGAGCUUGGACCAGCACAGGACCCAAUGCUUAAAUGGAGGCGCUGAUUGUGAUGCUACUUGCACAUGGAGUAAAACUCUACCUCCCAAGUCCUUUGAGGUGCCCAGCUUUUCAGUCAAGGUUUUUCUUGGAGGAGUUCCUUGGGACAUAACUGAACCCAUGCUUGCACAUGAACUUAGACAGUUUGGAAUGGUCCGUGUGGAACGGACUGUUAGCAAACAGCCUGGUCUGCCUCCGCCUAAAGGGUACGCGUACAUCAUCAUGGGGUGUGAAAAGCAGGUUGUAGCAUUGCUUAAGUCUUGUCGAUUCAACUGUGGAGGAGGGAGCUGGUACUUCAAAAUGUCAUCUAAGACGAUGAAAGCUAAAGAUGUUCAAGUCAUUCCUUGGAUGACAAGUGACUCAAAUUGGGUAUGCAGCCCCCGUCAAAAACUGGACCCAGAAAAGACUGUCUUUGUUGGUGGUUUACAUGGCACGUGGAGUGCAAGUGUGUUGGCUACAGUUAUGAAUAAUCUAUUUGAUGGUGUUGUGUUUGUAGGAAUUUUCACUGACAAAUUUAAGUAUCCAAUUGGAUCUGCUCGAGUGACAUUCAACAACAAACAAUCUUUCUCCAAAGCUAUUAAUUCCCGCUUUGUCACAAUCAAAAUAAACCAGUUUGCUAAGGAAGUGGAGCUUCUCCCUUAUCUUCAAGACUCUCCAUGCGUUGUGUGUAUGGUUAAGCUUGGCCCAUACUUCUGUAGAGAAUCACCAUGUUUUGGGUAUUUCUGCCGUUCCUGCUGGCAAUGCUUCCAUGCUCAGGGGAAGCGUGCAUCUCACAAACAUCUGACACGCUCCACCAAGAGUGUUCUGUCGUAGACGUGCCUGCAGUGACCUCAAUAGAUUGCCUUUGUACAUGGUCUGCAGCCAUUUCAUGUGAAAUUUUGUUUUUGUUUUUGAAAGUUUUCAUUAAUUAUCAUUCUACAGAUGGUGCCUGUAUUGUAUAAUCCUAGAAGAAUUUUAAGUCUGUCAGUAAUUUUAUGACUAUGUCCGACCUUGUUUCUUUUUAUUCCAUCACAUCAUUGCUUUUGCAGCCUUGCAGUGUUAGACAAAAUCUCUUUUAGUAGGUUUUCCUUUUCAGUUUUACUUGACAAAGCUGGUUUCUUAAAUAUAACUUUACCUCAGUGAAGCUACGAAAAGGUUAAUAUCAAGUAGAAUUUAUUUUCUAAUUUUAAGAUGUGUGAAUCAUGGGAAAUCCUUUGGCAGCGAACAGUUUGAAGCUUGCUGUGUUUUAAGCGUACUUUGUUUACCUUUUCUUUUUGUUUUCUGUUUUUAUAUCUAAGGGAAGUGUCAAAUUCCUUACUGGCAUUAACUUUUUCUCAUGUCUGUCGGGUAAGUGUUACCAAAAAAUCAAGCAAACGUAAUUGUGAGAAUUUGUCAUAUCUUUUUAUUAUUGUUUAUUAUUAUUUUAAAUAGAACAAAAGAUAAUUUUGCUUUGAUAAAUGUCUAUAAUCAUGUUUUCAAGAAAUCUUUUUUGUUUAUUGGA